UGUGAAGCUCGCGUGCGUUUUGUGCGCUAAUCACAGCUCCGCGCGCGCUCCGGUUUCCUGCUCAGGUUCACGGAUUUACUGAGGAUAAAAACGCAGAUGAGCAGGAGCAGGAUUGUCGGAUGAGUGGUGAGACAUCUCUCCUCAGACGACUGAGGGCUGAAACUACUUACAGGGCAGUUCAAUUCUCAUUGGCCCACUUGCACAUUAUAAUGAAUAUUUAAAAAAUUGUCCAACACCUCCUGCCAUUCCAGUGCUGAUAAAUCAGAUUUUUUGGAAUAAGGGGGAAGGACAUGACUCAUUGGCCAUGUGGGCUGCCAUGUUAACAGGCCUCUGUAGCCCCUUUCCCCUCAUCUGGUUAGUCCAGCUUUUAUUAUGGCCAUAUUUCAGUGGACCCCCGCUGGCUGAGGCAACUCCUCCAUGCCCUGCCCCCUGUAGCUGCUCCAAUCAGGCAAGUCGGGUGAUUUGUACGAGAAAGGGACUGGAUGAAGUCCCACAAAGUAUCUCAGUCAACACACGAUACCUCAACCUGCAGGAAAACUCUAUACAGAUGAUCAAAUCUGACACCUUUAAACACCUGAGUCACCUGGAGAUCCUUCAGCUUUCAAAGAAUCACAUUCGUCAGAUUGAAGUUGGGGCAUUUAAUGGCCUCCCAAACCUCAUCACACUUGAGCUUUUCGAUAAUCGUCUGCCAUUGGUCCCAUCACAAGCAUUCGAAUAUCUCAGUAAACUGCGUGAACUCUGGCUGCGAAAUAAUCCAAUAGAAACUCUCCCAGCCUAUGCUUUCCAUCGCGUACCUUCUCUCCGACGUCUGGACCUCGGUGAACUCCGAAAGCUUAGUUUCAUCUCAGAAGCAGCCUUUGAAGGACUAGUAAACCUCCGCUUCCUGAAUUUGGGAAUGUGUGGAUUGAAAGAUGUUCCAAACUUGACGCCACUUGUGAAACUAGAGGAACUUGAACUUUCUGGGAACCAGCUAGGUGUAGUCCGUCCAGGAUCAUUCCAAGGUCUUGUUUCGCUGCGCAAGUUGUGGCUUAUGCACUCACGCAUCUCGCUAAUUGAACGCAAUGCUUUUGAUGAUCUGAAGAAUCUAGAGGAACUUAAUCUUUCCCACAAUUCUUUGCAUUCACUGCCGCAUGACCUUUUUACCCCACUGCAGCAACUUGAAAGGGUUCACCUGAACCACAAUCCAUGGGUUUGUAACUGUGAUGUUCUCUGGCUCAGUUGGUGGUUGAAAGAGACUGUACCAGAUAACUCCACAUGCUGUGCCCGCUGCCAUGCUCCACCUGGCACCAAAGGACGCUACAUUGGAGACCUGGAUCAGAGAGACUUCACUUGCUAUGCCCCUGUGAUCGUGGAGCCUCCAACUGACCUGAAUGUGACUGAGGGAAUGGCAGCAGAGCUGAAAUGCCGAACUGGAACAUCCAUGACCUCUGUGAACUGGUUGACCCCUAAUGGAACCCUGAUGACCCAUGGUGCUUACAAAGUACGAAUCUCAGUGUUACAUGAUGGCACCCUGAACUUCACUAAUGUCACCAUGCAGGAUACUGGGCCAUACACUUGCAUGGUGACUAACUCUGCUGGAAACACCACGGCUACCGCUGUCCUCAAUGUGUCUGCCUCCGAUCCUGGCAAUGGAUACAGUUAUUUUACAACAGUCACUGUGGAAACCGUGGAAACAGGGCAGGAAGUUCAUGACUCUGCUCGGCAAUUUGUCAAUGAGACCUUUAUCGGUUAUCUAGGCCCAACAGCAUCAUCAGGCUCAACGGGACCUUCUGGAUCGGUACCAUCUUCCCUGUCACCCCAUGUUACUCGAGCUCCAGAGCGCCCUUUCACAGUCUCCAUCACUGAUGUUGCUAAUCUUUCAGGACUUGAGGAUGUAAUGAAGACAACAAAGAUUAUAAUUGGCUGCUUUGUAGCCAUCACUUUUAUGGCUGCUGUGAUGCUUGUGGUUUUCUAUAAACUGAGGAAGCAGCACCAGCUGCACAAGCAUCAUGGUCCUGCCCGUACCAUUGAGAUCAUCAAUGUUGAGGAUGAAAUGGGGCCAGCAGGGGGUGCCAGUGGCAUUGCAGGUGGCUCUACCCUUCACUCCGGGGCAGGCCCAGGAACUGGGGGAGGACCUGGAACAAAUCUUCGAAUCCACGACCCUGAAAUUAUCACACUGCCCAACAUUGGGCGCUCAGAUCAUGUUAAUCACUACUACAAAUCACACCACUUUAACAACAACAUCCUGGGACUUAACAUGGGAGUGGGCCAAACUGGCAACAAGACAAGCCCCUCAUCUAAAAAACAGGCCUCAUCCACCAAUCAGACAGCCACAUCUGUCGACUCAACUACUGCUGGAUCUGUCUCUCCACCAUUACCUAUUCCAAUCCCAAUGACGAUGACUUUCCAUGGAACACUGAAGAGCUUAAGCCACACCCCCAGCUCUCAAAAUGAGCCUCUGCUGUUGUCCAAUGGGUCCAAGGAGAGUGUUCAGGAGACACAGAUAUAAAUACACUCACA